GAAAGUCUUAGCCGAGUGCGCAAACACUGCAGGAAUACGGGCCCUUCUCCACGCUCCUGUCGUCUGUGGUACAGUUGAACUUUCCGUUUGCAGGGGGCGGAGGAAUCUCUUAACAUUCUCCUAUUCACAGCUGGCGAAUACAAACCCUUUUGAGAUGAAAACAUGUCUCUAAAUGAAGUCAGCGUGUUCCGGCCAUUCAAACUGAUUGCAAUACUUUGUGUGUUUCUCGCGUUGUGCCUGGACGUAGUGGCCGUACUGAGUCCAGCUUGGGUAACAGCGGAGCGCUACGCAUUGUCGCUGUGGGAGUCUUGCAGGGAAGUCGACGGUGUCUGGAUGUGCGUCUCGACUCUGAGCUCUGACUGGCAGAUUGCAACCCUGGUGCUGCUGCUUGCUGGUGCGGCACUGACUCUGCUGGCCUUCCUCAUCGCCCUGAUCUCACAGUGCAAGGGCACACACAGGAAGCACUAUCGCACAGUGGCCAUCUUCCUCUUCACAGCAGUGGUGGCCCAGGCCUGCGCUCUAUUCCUCUACCCCAUCAAGUUCAUGGACAGCACAGUCCUGCAGACCUACCAUGAAUUCAACUGGGGCUACGGCCUGGGCUGGGGGGCCACCAUUUUCAUGCUGGGAGGGGGCAUCCUCCUCUGCCUUCGGACAGACAUGUAUGAAGAUGCCAUGUACUGACCAUACACACAAGCACGCACGCACACACACACACAAGCUGUGGUUAUUAAUAGGCUGGGUAGGUGGUCCUAUUCUUAGCUAUAGCUGUUGGCUGCCCUGCAGGAGCACUGAAGAUUGAGGAGCAGUUGGAAGGAGAGAGACUGUCCUGCUAACGCCCCAAAAGCCCAUUUCAGGGUUGACCCAAACCCAAACCCCAACCCCACCUGAGGGUUGACCCAAACCCCAACCCCAACCCCACCUGAGGGUUGACCCAAACCCUCCCCACCUGAGGCUGGGCACCACGUCUGAGGGCAGAGGUGUCAGUCACAUUACCUCCUUCUCUCAUGGGUCUGAUAUUAAGCUUUCCCACUCAGCCUUUUCCCUCUGGGUCUCUAAAGUAACAUCCUCUUAAUGUUGUAUAGUUUUUAUGAAUGUAUUUAAUGAAAUAUUCAUAUAUUAAUAUUUUGUUAACAGCAUAGCAUAACUGCUCUCAUCGAACUCUGACUUGGUGUUCAAAGCACCCUUUUAUUUGUCUGUUUAUGAACAUGUUACAUGUUUGCAGAGAGAGGGAUUCUGCUCUUUGUAUAAUUGAAACUUUUUGCUCCUAAUGACUUACCGUACUUAGGAAAUUAAAAAUAAAAGGUGUCAAUGAUUUA